AUCCAUCCAAUCCACAUACCACUAUUUUCCCUCUCCUUCUCCUCCCUCUCCUCCUCCUUCAUCUGACCAUUCCCACCUAAAAUCAUCCCAUCCCAUACCAACUGACCAUCCCACUUUACCACCUUACCUUUCCACUUCUUCCUUCCUCUUUUCUCCUCCUUCCACUCUCAGAUAGUGCAGUCAACUGUAGAGAGAACUGCCAGAAAUCCCCAGAAAAAAAAAGGGCCCAAUUGUCUAUUAACCGGCGGCCCUUCCCUCUUGUGCCCUGAUUCUGUGCCCUCUUCAAUCUUCAGUCUUCUUUUUAUUUUAUAAAGAUUAAAGAUACAAUUCUUUAGACCGUUCCUGCCCUCGUCAUCGAACAUAUAUACCCUAUAUGUACCUGUCUAGUACACACGCAUAGAAGCGCUGCGCUGUACAGUACGCACAGGAUUGUACACCGAACAGUGCACAGAACGCACUUCAGUACGACCAAAAAUACAAAUUCAGUACAACAUUCGCCACAAUCAACGAGUACUCUGUUAGUCACUCGUAACCUCACUUCAAACCUCUCCGAACCUCUCCAAAACCUCAACCUCAAAUCUUCCCGCUAGAACAGUCAGAUCAGCCUUCUUUCCCGCCUCAAUUCACACCACAACAACACCACCUACCUACUCACCAACUUCCUUCACCUCUCUUCCGGCUUCCCCGCUCCCAAGAACAACACCACCAACUACACCACCGUACCCUGCCUUCGUGCAUAUCCUUGACUAACACCGGUCUGCGAGGCGUGGCCAAAAACCGAGGAAAAUCUUUUAAAUCCUCGCUGCUCUUCUUCUUUCAACUCUUUUAACCUCAAACCAUCUUCACAAAAAAAACCACCACCUUCUGACGCCAUUAACCCCGCCAUUCCCACGACCACAAUCGUCGCGACCCCACCACAAACGAACCCCAAUUCACACAAUCCAAACGCAACCAUAAACAACUACUGUGACACACCGACGGCCACGACAGGCCACGACAUGGCCGUGUCGACGCCGGUGGCAGUGCCAGCACCCAGGCAGCGCGCCCCGGGGGAGAAGCAGAUGCCGCUGAGGGAGGAGACGCUGCGCAAGAACACCGAGCCUACCUUCACCGCCGACCGCGAGGAGCGCACCUCCUUCGCCUCGGUGAAAGAGGACCGCUCCGCAGUCGCCCAGUCCUUCCUCGACUCGCGCAUCUCCUCCUACGCCGUCUUCCCCGACGACGCAAUCGACGAGAGCGACUCCGACCGCGCCACCUCCCCCAUCUCGCCCACCGACGUCUCGCUCUCCUCCUCCCCCACCACCACCGAUGACGACAACGAGGGUGCCUCGGCCGCGGCGGCGCCGGUGAUCAUCUCGCCGCCCGCCUCGGCCGCGCCGAACGUGCCCACGGACUCACAGGUUCCAUCUCAAUUAAUGGCAUCGGCGCUAGGCGCACCGCUAACGAACCCAGCGUCGAACCUGCACUCCUUCGUCUGCCCCUGCGAUGGCUUCCGUGGCUGGAAGGAGAUCCCCGUGAGGGGCAAGAUGGCCAGCAGGAGCUUCAGCGACCUGCGUCAAUUCUCCAACAAGGGCUUCACCUGGGAGCCCACCCCCUUCCUCGCCCCCGUCCAGCCUCCCAAGCCCGUCAAGCCGUCGACUUUCCCGGCAGGCGAAGCACCGCUCGAGAGGCUGCCGACUGAGUUACUGGGCGCUAUUAUUGACCAGAUGGUCGCGGACAUUCCUCCGAAUGGCCUGCAGCCACGAAACAUCGACCUGAUGGCCCUCCUCUUGACCUCGCGCGCGCUGCACUCCGCGACGCUCGCUACGUUGUACAAGCAGGUCACCAUCCCGCACUCGACCGUCUUCCGCAAGCUCCUGCACCAUAUCAAGGAAUACCCCGCCCUGGGCACGAUUGUGCGCCGCCUCGACUUCUCGCACUUCAACCCCACCGGAUCCGGCGUGACUGCGCGGCAGCGCGCCGAGACGCAGAACCUGACUCAGCAGACGAUGCUAGAGUGCCUGGAGCUGCUGCCCAAUCUCCGCGAGUUCCUGGCCCAAGAGCACAUUGACGAAGAGCUCAGCGUGGAUGUCCUACGCAAGCUCUUCAAUAACCCGCAGCUCCGCGCUCUGGACUUCUGCGCAGCCUCUUCCGCCAUCUUCCGCACAUCCAUGAUGACAUUUGUGCGCUCUCCGGACCUCCCGGAGCUGAUGCCCAUCACACGCCUCUCCUUCCACGAGUGCACCAUCCUACCCUCCGUGGUCCUCGAGACGCUCCUCCCGCGUCUCCCGAACCUCACCCACCUCGACGUCGCCCGCACCCGAAUGUCCGACAAGGCACUCGCUGCUAUCCCCGAGACAGCGCGUCUGACGCACCUCAACCUGAGCAGAUGCCAGUCUCUCUCCGGCGACGCCGUCGUCGAAUUCCUCACCACCCACGCCUCGGUCAAGGAGCUCCUCUACCUCAACCUCUACAUGGACGCUAAGUCCGCCGAGCUGCUCGCCGAAACACACGUUACCUCCCUCCUCUCUAUCCUCCCUUCCACUCUCAAAUCCCUAAACCUCAAGGGCAGCGCUAUGAACGCUACACACCUCUCCCUCCUCGAGCCACUCACCAAGCACGUCGAAGAGCUCGGCCUCGGCAGGAACCUAAACUAUACCUCUCUCGUGCCCCUCCUGAAGCCACCACCAGCCACCAAACCCGACGAGCUGGCCCGCUGGGUCCCGCACGCCCUGCGCUACAUCGACAUCUCCGAUUUCGGACUUGAGAGCAUCGACUUCAGCGCUUUAUUCGGCAAGGCUACCACAGCGCUCGACGAGCUCUCCAUGCCCCUCGAGGUCAUCGAGGUAUGUCAGCGCGUCUACGACCGCUUCCUCGACCGCGAGCGCGCCUUCAAGUCUGCAGGAUGGGUGGUCAAAGAGGCUGGUCGACGAGGCUGGCUCGUGCGCGAUCUGAGUAAAACCGAUGGAGGCGAUGAUGGAGCGAGGUCGUGGAAGAUGGGAGCCACGUACUGGGGGAUGCGGAAGGUGCCUGUGGCGAGAGCGGAGGUGGGGGGGAUGUAUGGGCUUUAUAUGUUUAAGCGGUAGAGGAGAGGGUGCCUUUUUUUUUUAUGAGAAUUGGUUUUUGUCUUUUGUUGUUGGUGGGGAAAGACAAUUGGGGAGGGGGGAAAGCAUUAAAGCAUAGCAUAGCAUGCAUGGAGCUGGGGAGUUAUUUCUUUUUCUUUUUUUGCGUUUGUUUUUCUGGCCUGAGCCUUUUUGGGGGGAGGCGCUGCAUCGCGAAAGGGUAUAUGCAUUUGGUCGGCAGCAUUUGUUAUCCUUUUUUGACACUGGAAAUACCCCUGCGAGGAAUACCAUGAUAUGGAGGCGGCAACUGGGGAGAGUGGGGAGGGGGUUUGCUGGCAUCGAAAGCAUGGCGAGCGGCGAACGGAGAGGAGAGAGGGGAGAGCGUUUUUAUUUUCGCCCUCUUAAAUGGGGGGAGAAGAGAAAUGAACAAAGAAGAGAAGACUGAUGAGAGAGAUGAUGAGGAGAGUCUUUUUUUUGAGAUGUCGUGUGUGUUGUUGUUAUGCAGUGCAAUGAUCCCUUCGACCUUUGCCCGCCCUACUACCCUGUGCCCUCCCUCCCCGCCAUCCCAAACGACGAACGCAGAGAUGUAAUGAUUGCUUACUGAUGCGUUUGGACCUGGACUUGGAAUGGAUGGGUGGGAUGCAGUUGAUGGCCUGGGAGGGCGUGGAUCAUUCUGCGGUCAGCUGUGCAGCGGUGGGUGGGAGUUGAGUUGGGAUGAGCUUUAUUACCGAUGCGAGACAAUAUGGGAGAGGAUGACCGAGAGUCGUCUUAUAUCGCGGGCCGGGCACACAAGAUAUGGAGAGGGAGGAAAGUCAUUCACCCACGAUGUCAAUAGACUCCCACAGUUGGUUGGGGUGGAUGGGAAAAAAUUGUAUAAGUCCCUCCCUCCUCGUAUGGAGAAACGAGCGAUGAGGCGUCGUGGCCGAAGGAGGAUGGGGAGGAGGUGGUUAUGAGGAGAUUUCCUGCCACCAUGACUGCGUUUCGGAUCGUCUAUAUAACCUUAUGGUUUUCAUUGGGGAUUGAUGGGAGGGUAUUGCUGCAUCACGAGGAUGGUAGCUUAUCGUUGUGCUGGAGAGGGGGUCGGACACUUGGUUCGCUGGAGAUUGUUACGUGCCGCUGGUAUUGUCUUUUAUGCACGCGCUGAGUUGGAGGGGGAGGGUGGUUUACUUUUAACGAGACUUUUUCUGCUGGUUUUUUACGUUUUGCGAUGGGUUUUUGUUUUCACUGCUGUUGUUUGGUUUGAUGGGGGGUGAGUGAUGGAUGGCCUCUCUUCUCUAGGAGUAUGGAUGAGAAAAUGAAUGGAGGGUUUAAUUAAGGAUAAAUAAAUAUGGAAAAAUUCUUCUCUUGAUUGUAUUGCUUCGUAUGGUGUUGUGAGGAGGUGAGACAGAGGUGUAUUUUGUGAAUUAAGAG